AUGACUUCACAAGUUGAUAGCAUUGAAAAUAUUCAACCUUCAAUAGUAAAUAACGUAAUUAAUUUAUCAGUGGAUGAAUUAAACCAAUUAGAAUCAAAAAUUGAAUCAAAUUUUAAAUCAAUUUCAUCAACAUAUUUAAAUGAUAGAUUAAUUAGGUUAAAUUGUCUUAUCGAAAAAUUAUCAAAUCUGAUUAAAAUAGCAAACGCAAAUGAUAAAUCAUGGUCAAAAAUUUUUAAUUUUGAAAUUGAAAGUAUUAAUAAUAUAAUGACAAAUACUGAAGAUUUAAUCCUCGAUUUCAAUAAACCUGAUUUAGUUAAAACUUUAAAUGAAUAUCAAGAUGAAUUACAAGAUGUUUUUUCAAAUUUACAACUGCCUUUUGAUUUCGAUGAUACUUUCAAGUAUAAUCAGCACCUAGAAUCUCCCCAUUUAUCAAAAUUACCAUUCCCCAGUUUAUUUAAUCAAUUUUUUGAAAAUCAUAGAAAAAGGAUAAAGACAAUUAAUAAUGAGAAAGAUUAUCAAGAAAGACUUAUAAAAUUAAAUCUGAAGAAUCAAUCAGUAAUUAUUUGGAAACAAUAUUACAAUAAAAUAAUAGCUCAAAAACAUGAAUUACUCACAAGUCUAAAUGAAGAACUAUCUCAACUUUAUAAGGAUUAUAAUCAUUUAAAUGAGUAUGAAAAUCUUAGAUUGAAUAAUCAGUAUUAUUAUAGGAGUUUGAUUCCGCCUCAUCGGGUGAAUAAAAGUAUCAAUCUCGAUAUUCACAAUUUAUCAACUAGAAAUAUUUCUCAAUUAAUGAAUACUUAUCAUGAUUCAAAUUAUACAAAUUUAGAUACGAGGUUAGUAUCAAGGAAUAAAAUUGAAUUAUCACAAAUUAGUCAAAACAUAAAAAAAUCAGGCAAGUUUGUCAACUAUAUAAAACAUGGAAUUAAAAGAUCAAUUGAAGAAGAAGCAAUAAAUCCAAGUAAGAAGUUUAGAAUUAAUAAAGAUGAAGGUGAUCAAGAUGCACUAGAUCAUGAUAUACAACAAUUAAGAAAAAGUAUCGACAAUAAAGAUUUCAAGUAUGAAAGUCUGGAUCUUAUUGAAUCGGAAAUCGAUCUGGAUUAUGAUAGUGAUGAUUGGGAAUAUAUUGAAGAAAUUAUAGAUGAAGAAGAUGAAUUAAGUCCUGAAGAAAAAGCAAUACGAAAGAAAUAUAAAUCAAUAAUAAAUGAUAAAAAUCAAGAAACAACCAGGGAUAAUUCUAUUCAAUUUAAAUUACCUCCUUUGGAAAUGUUUCCUGAAUUGACUGCAGUUCCAAAUUAA